UACUUGGAGAAUAUGCACCAGUUAUCCUCUUCCAUCCUGAAUGACUAAUAGCCAUGGCUACCACCACAGAAAAUGUUUCACAGAAGACAGUAACUAAUAAAAUCAUGGACAUCUAUACAAUGAGUUGGUCACAGAUAUAAGUCAAACUGUACUGAAAAGACAUAUGGUAGUAGAGAGGUGGUGGCUCUUGGGAAUAGGAAGGAGCCCCCACAAUAAUGCCAGUACACGGUAGACUGGCACACCAACAUUAGGCGUCACCCAUUCCACAUAACAACAAAACUGGAGACUGAAACAAGAUCCAGGCUCCAACAAAAUGGACUAUUUCCAAGUAUUUGAAAAGCUUCAAACAGCUGUGGCGAGGACGAAAACUCUCACAGUCCAGGGUAAGAGAGAAGCAGAUGCAAGAAAACAAGUUCUCUUAUAUAACAGAAACAGAACAGGCUCUUCUGCAAAACCCUUAGGGCAUGAAUAGCACUGGGCAGGGUUCCUGGACUCGCUCCUUGUGUGAAAUUAUGUUUGAAGAAAACCCAGCUUCAAGGUAUUUAGUUAGGCCUACCUGCCUGGAAGAGUCUCAAGAAACUAACACAGCCACAGCCAGUGUUUUAGGGUUCCAGGAAAACUUGGGAUAUACCCCCAUGGACAACAGUGGUGACAUCUCUUUCCCUGCCGAUGAUUUUCCAGCAAAUUCAUCCUCAUUGCAGCAUCACUUUGCCAAACUAAAGAAGCAGAUGUCCAGACAGAAGGCAGACUAUGAAUCUAAAAUUACAAGCUUGGAGCAGCGGAACAAAGAGCUGCAGUUGGAGAUUAAGGAUCUUCUUUCAAAACUCAGGCAGCAACGGAAGUGGUACAGCCUGGUGGAGAUUAAAAUGCGAAAUGCAGAGAGAGCCAGGGAAGAUGCAGAGAAAAGAAAUGAAAUGCUCCAGCGGGAGAUGGAGGAGUUCUUCGACACAUUUGGGGAAUUAACAAAUGAAGUAAAGAAGACGGAACGAAUUAUUCAAAGUUUCUAAAACAACGAACGGGACCAGAGUUGACAUUUGAUUACAAUUAUUCCCCUUUCAAUGCAAUAAUGAGGGUCCCAACAGCAAAAAUAAGUUUGAUAAUACAAAGUAACAAAUUCAACUAUUUAUCCAAGAGAUGAUAUAAUCUUAGUAUUUUAUAAAUAAGCUAGCAAAGCUAGCUCCUCUUUCAACAAAUAGUUCCUCUUUCAACAACGUACAUUGCAAUUUGAAAGUCAGUGUUAAAAAUAAUUCAAUUCCAAUUGCCCACUCAUCCAAAAAUAUCCAUUUUUUAAAACAUGUUAUAUGUGUUCAAGACAAUCCAAAACUGCAAUUAAGGUGGCACACUAAUAAAAGUUACUACCACAUUAAAUUGAAAAAAAAAUCUUUAUCAUUUGAGCUACGGCAGAAAAGAGCUGAUGACAUUUCAGUCUAUCUAUUUGUCUCCCUCUGAAGCAGCUGACAAGACAGCCUUAUUAUAGCUGCAUUUAUAAAUUGCGAGUAGUUUCUCCAGUUCUUUGAAUCAUCAUUAAUUAGUGAGUAAACAAAAUCAAUUUAAAUUAAUGUCUCUGAAGACUUCUAACGCUUGUAUUUUCCCAAUGGAAAACCAAAACAAUCAAUACAAUAUGUGAGUCUUGAACACAAAGAUAACUCAGACCCUGUUUUAUUAGAGUAUAAUCAAUAAACACUAAUAAUCAUU